GGUUAACGUUUACGGUUCGCGAAAGCUAUUUAAAAGGAGAUUGAUUCAAAUUUCAAAUCAGCUGAAUGUGAUUGCAUUUAACUUAUAAACAUAUUCAACUUUGAUUCCCAUUUUUUCAUGUGCCGCGCGGUAAAUAAAUGAUGAAAUAAUUUAGGCGGGUAUUUGCAUAAUUAUCACAGGGAGGUUAAAGUGCUGUGUUGACAGGACAAGGAAACUUCAGAGUUCAACGCUUUCUUUUAAUUUCGUGUUUAGUUUCCUGCUUGAAGUUGAAGCUACGCUUGCAGUUUUAUUGAGCGAUGAGUUGUUCGCAAAAAGAAGCUGGUAGUAUUACUUUGCCUGAGCAAGACGGUGUUUUCAGAAACCUUAAAAAUGCCAAGAGAUUUGCUAUUGAUAUUGGUGGCUCUUUGACAAAAAUUGCAUAUUAUUCAACUGUCUCUUACAAACGAGCAGUGUACUCUUUAGAUGAGCAACCAGAUACACAUAAUCCUGAUGAUACUCAUUAUGAAGUGUGGGAAACCGAUGUGGAAUUUGCUCGACUGCAUUUCAUUAAAUUUGAAACUAAACACAUUGAAUCAUGUUUGAGCUUUAUACGUAAAAAUCUUAUAGGAUCACCUGACUUUAUGCGGGGUAAGAGUAUUAAAGCUACUGGAGGAGGAGCAUAUAAAUAUACAGAUCUGCUCACUAAUACCUUAGGCUUAAUGGUUGAUAAAGAAGAUGAAAUGGAGUGUUUAAUAAAAGGUUGCAAUUUUGUUUUAAGAAAUAUUCCUGAUGAAGUAUUUGAAUACAGACGACAUGUAAAUCCUGAAUAUAAAUUUCACAGUGUUGAGCCUAAUAUGUAUCCAUACCUACUUGUAAAUAUUGGAUCUGGUGUUAGUGUCAUGAAGGUUGAAUCAGAAUCAUCUUAUGAAAGAAUAGGAGGAUCUGCAAUGGGAGGUGGUACUUUUUGGGGUCUUGGAUCGCUACUCACUAAAGCAAAGGGUUUUGACGAACUGCUUCAACUAGCAGAAAAGGGAGACCACAGGAAUGUUGAUAUGCUCGUUAAAGACAUUUAUGGAGGGGAUUAUUCAGGCAUGGGAUUGCCAGGAGAUCUAAUUGCUUGCAGCUUUGGCAAAGCUAUACAUUCAUCAAGGGACAAAAAUUUUAAUCCUGGACAAUUUGCAGGGGAAGACAUAGCUCGUAGUCUUCUUUUCAUGAUCAGCAAUGACAUUGGACAGUUGGCUUGUCUCUAUGCCAUGAUGCAUAACCUGCAGAAAGUGUAUUUCGGAGGCUACUUUUUAAGGGCUCAUUAUCUAAGCAUGCACACUAUUUCAUACGCAAUCAAUUACUGGAGCAAGGGAAAAGUUCAAGCUUUAUUUUUGCGUCAUGAAGGUUAUUUGGCAGCAAUAGGAGCUUUUUUGAAAGGUGCUGAGGAAUAUGAUACUGACAAAUACUCUUGGUGUGAGAAUUAUGCUGGAAGUUCAGGACUUAGUAGUCCUUUGCCUACCCAAACUACUUCAACAGAUAAUCCUUUGAUUGACCAGUUGGAAAUAGAUCAGUUUGAUUGGCAACUUGUACAUUGUCCACUUUUGAAAGAACCAGCUGAUUAUGUUCCAGAUACUGUUGAUUUAACUCAGGAUGCAGAUGCUAGAGAUUAUUGGCUGGUUUGUUUUGAAGAUGCAAUAGAUAAGUUUGUAGAGAGAGCUAUACAGAGCCAAAUACAUCAUGCAGAUGCUCAACACAGGGCGAAAAUCUUCAAAGAAAAAUAUAUCAGCCGCUUACAACAUUUAAGAACACAUCCUUUUGCUUAUGGCUCUUUAACUGUGAGAAGUCUACUAGAUAUGCGGGAGCAUUGCCUUAAUGAAUUUGACUUCCCUGAUCCAUAUUUACAACAAAAACGUUUGGAAAAUGAACAGGCUUUGAAACUUCUGAAAGGUCGAAUAGAUACUCUUAAUGCAAUGAAUUGGAGUGAGAGACAAGAAGCCUUGGUUGUAGGCCUUUUAGCUGGUAAUGUCUUUGACUGGGGUGCUAAAGAAGUUGCAAAAGUGAUGGAAGGCUCAGAUUUUGGUUUUACUGAUGCCAAGGAAAAGUUAGAAGCUAGGCCAUGGCUCAUAGAUGAUUUAGAUGGUUGGAUUGAACGUUUGAAAGGCAAGCCUCACAAAUGUGCAGCUAUAUUUGUAGACAACAGUGGAAUGGAUGUUGUUUUAGGUGUAAUACCAUUUGCUCUGGAGCUUUUGAAAAGAGAAACUAAAGUUUUACUGUGUGCAAAUUCUAAACCUGCCUUAAAUGAUGUGACUUAUCAAGAGUUAAAAGUUUUGAUGCGUAAAGUUGCUGCUAUUAUAACAGAUGUAAAAGAUGCUUUAAGUAGUUGCAAAUUAAAAAUUUUGGAUUCUGGACAGGGUUCACCAUGCUUAGACCUCAGCCGUUUGAAUCUUGAAGUUGCAGAAGCAAUGGAAAGUAAUGAAACUGAUCUCAUUGUGCUUGAAGGAAUGGGGCGUGCAGUUCAUACAAACUUAAAUGCUAAAUUCAGAUGUGAAUCAAUUAAAGCUGCUGUUCUGAAAAACCAAUGGCUCGCUGCUCGGCUUGGCGGAGAGAUGUUUUCUGUUAUUUUCAAAUAUGAAUGCCCACCUGUAGGUGCAUGACCUAAAGUGUGUACUUAAUAUAACUUCAUACUGCCGUCCUCAGGUGACUACAUGUGUUAACUAAUGUGAUAUUCCUAAUGAUUUGAUUAUUUUUAAGACAAAUGCAUAAUAAGGAAAAAAGUCCUUUUUUGUGAUAAUAUUACUUAUUCUUAAUUAUAUUUUAAUUUAAGAAAAUUUAUAUAUUAAAAACAAUGCAUAAAGAAAUGUGUUCAAUGUCUAUAAUUAUUCGUUAAAGAAUUCCAUAGACAUAAAAAUGACAUGAAACUUUAAUAAAAUUUUAAAUGUUAAAAAAAGUUUUUAAUUGCUUAUUUAUAAUAUUUUUGGUGUAACUUUUUUUUUAUAUUAGUUUUUCCCUUUCAUAGGUCUUUAAAAAGCAAAUUAUAAUAAAAUUUAAAAUACUUAAAGUAUAUAUUUUCAUAAAAUCAAAUUUAACUGCUUAUUUCAGAAAGCAUUUUAAAUUCUGGAGUUAAUGUGCUUCUAUUUAUUUUCCAAGGUAACGGGCAAAUCAAACUUUAAUUGAAAAAGGAAAAACCCAAAUAAGUUUUUGAAAUGAAAUGUUGAUCAUAAGGGAACAAGUGUAUUAAAAUGAUGUUUGAAAUUGCAUUUUAUGUGUUAAAAUUAUUUUGAAUUGUUUUUAAUAGAAUUGUAUAGGAAUUAAGACAGAUUUUUUAGUGUAUUUAAAAAUUAUAAAAAGUAUGAAUUUAAGUUUUGUAGUUAAUUUUUGAAUGGAAACCUGAACCUUCCCUGUUAUUUAUAAUCAGUAUAAUAUCACCAUUUCAUUAGAAUACAAAGUUCUUUAUUUUUAAACUUAAUUCUGUAAAAUUGUAUGUAAAUACAUAUCUAUAUGUUUUGUUAUUAAAAAAUUGGAACAAAUUCUCUGAAUUGUGUAAAUUAUAUAGUUAAAUACCAGUUUUCAGGAAAUAUUUUUUUUUAAGAGCUUAAUGUUCUAAAUUGCCUUAAGAACAUGAUAUACCUACUAUAUGUAUUGCAAUAUUUAUAAAGAUCUGAAUAUGUAGGGAAUUUUACUUGUACAUACGGAAUCUUGCGUGUUUUGUACAUUAUUUAGUGAUUAUUAAUUUGUAAAUAAGUAAUAUUGCUGAAGUUUAAAGCUAUAAAUAAUAAUAAAUUUUUGUGUUACAUUUUAUAUUCUUCAUAAAAUACAGUACUACUGUUAAAGGUUAUCCUGAUAACUCCUUUCUAAUCAUUUGAAUUACUUGUUAAAAAAAAAAAAAAACUUGACCUUGUGUUUUUAUUAGAGAUAUGCAAUGAAAAUUAUAUUUUAAUCAAUAACAGUUUUGUGUAAAGAAUUUAGUUUUGAAAUCAUAUUUUUCAACUGAUUUCAUUAAGAAUAUGCAUUAUAAAUUUAGAACUGUAUUGUGUAAAGGUUUUUAAUAAAAUUGGUAGAAAAAUAGCUGUGAUAAUUUUCUCUUAGGUUAUUUUUAUUCUUUUCAUGAUUUGCCUAAGUUUCAUAUUUAAUUAGAUAUAUUUCCAAAUAUUUAUCUUGAUUUUUUUUAAUUUACUCAAAACUAUUGAUAAGAAGCAAUCAAGACAUGCUUAACUUUUAAUUAUUUAUUUCAGUGUCUGUAAAUUAGUCUGCAUGUGAUCAUAAUUGGUAUGUUUGUAAAUAUAUUUUUUAUACUGUAACAUUUUUAAAGCAAUAAAAUUCAGUUUAAAAUAAUUUAAAAUUUUGUGGCAGCUAAAUCCUAUAUUUAGAUUAAAAUAUAUAUUUAAAAUCCUAUUUUAUAAGAAUGAAAGCUAAUAAAUGCAUCAAAGUUCCUCGAAUCUGCAAUCGUAGAUUGGCUAACAUUCUGAAUUCCCUAUGUGCCACAUAGCAUUUCUGGUUCCUUUAUUUUACACUCAUGUCCAUAAAUUAAGGAUAAUGCAAAAUCAGACAAAGGAAGAGUUAGAAGCAAAACAAAUUUGACUUAUUUGUAAAGCUUAUUUAUUAAACGAAAGGUAAAGAGCAA